AUGAAGUUAACUCCUGUUGUCUUGGCCGUUGCCCAGGUGGCAUCCGCCCAUUACUUCUUCGACACCGUGGUUCAAGAUGGCACCGCCGGAAAGUCUUUCCAGUACAUCCGAGACUUCACCCGUGCCACCAAGUAUAAUCCGAUCAAGUUCUCGAACAACCCCGCUGCCGAUAUUCGCGAUGGUUCCUACAUCGACGGCCCGGACAGCAGAUGCAACCAAGGAGCUUUCACCAACGCCGCCAAGACGGAGGUCCUCGACGUCACUGCGGGAAGCGACGUUACGGUUAAGCUUGGCGUAGGCGCCACCAUGCAGCACCCUGGACCUGCUCUGUACUACAUGUCGAAAGCCCCCGAUGGCAGCGUCAAGGACUACGACGGCUCGGGUGACUGGUUCAAGAUUGGCGAGACUGGCGUUUGCACCCAGAGUGGCGACUUCACCAACGACGCUUGGUGUACUUGGGACAAGAACACUCUUACCGCCACCAUUCCCAAGGAUACGCCUUCAGGGGAGUACCUCCUGCGGUUUGAGCACAUCGGUGAGAAUUUAGAUAUUGGCUUCAAUUUGUGUAUGUCGAUUCACUUCGUGUCUUGCGUCCAGGUCAAGGUCACAGGAGGCGGCAACGGCACCCCUGGCCCUCUGGUCAAGUUCCCUGGCGCCUACAAGUAUACCGAUCCCUACGUGAGCUUCAGCCUCUAUAACGGAUACAAGGAUUUCCCGAUGCCUGGUCCUGCUGUCUGGACCGGUGGAUCGAGCGAGGUCAACAGCACCUCGGCAGCUGAGGCGACUGUCCCGAGCAGCUUGCCUUCGACGACUCUGAUCACCGCGACUCGUUCUGCCACUCCCAGCGCAAAGGCUAGUGCCGCCUGCGCCAAGCUCCGUCACUGA